AAGUUCAAGGACGAGGAGAAAGUGUAAGUCAGUGAAGUAGCCUUCUAUCUUCGUGUUUGGUCAGUUCAGUAUGAACCAAUUUUCGUUUGGCACAAGAGGUUGUUCGUGCUCGUGAAAAUAACGAAACCUGCCUUUUUUACACAAGACGUCUCCACUUCGCAAACAUGGACCCACCGCGUGACGGAGAGGAGCAGAGCCGUGGAAGCAGCAGCAGCAGCUGCUCAAAGUCGCAGACACGAAAUAUGGCCGCUACCAGUAGUUCAUCGAAAAGCAAAAGCGCGACUUCCAAGAUCGACCACCAGACCUUGUUAACAAAACAGAUGAGCAGCCGCGAGGGCGAGAGGCCAUUCGGCUUUUUGGCAAGCGCGACUGAGGAUUUGGGUGACGAGGACAACAAGGAAGCCAGGACUGGCGCCGCGAGUAUUGAGCUCGGUUCUGUCAAUGUUUUCUAUGCGCAUUGGCACUGUUUCAUGUGCGCCAUGCACUAAACAAAGAUAUGAUAAAUGAGAAAAUAAUGAUAGAAGUAAAAGAUAAGCUGCAUGAACGUUAAAUAAACUUCGCCAGGUUCAUCUUGUGUGCCGGGAUUCGACAAACAAGUUGCCGGGGCGUCAAGCCGUGCCGGCGGAAACUCUGGUCAUGUGGGCGGCGGGAAUAUGGGAUUGUACAACUACUCCCCCUUCCCUCAUUAGCCAAAUAGUGAGUCCAACACUACACCAACUCUCCUCAUCCUUUUGCGUUGAUGCACGAGCUGCAUGACAAAUGUUGGAAUCUGAGACACUACAAAAAUCCGUGCUUACAUUGGAAUGUGUCGUGCGAACGGGAGAACUGAUUUCUCCCGUUGCUUGUAUUGCUACCUCAUGCGGUUGCGGCGGCUCAGAUGAGGGGGAGGGGGCGUUGUGCAUCCCCAUAGGGAAGCGCCCAAAAAAACCAGAAGACAAUAGUCCAGCAGAUGAAGAUGAACUGUGGCAGAGCUCUGAUACGUGGAAAUUUGGCGAAAUAGGCGUGUUGCAGAGCGCGAAGAAGUAUCAAGUGCAAAUAUGUCUUGAUCUCGAUGAUUAUUCUAGAUUUAGAUUUGUCAACAUGCAAGUCGGACAUCAUGGCUCAAGAUUCUGUGACGCAUGGGCAAGAAAAAAGGUCUUCUGACCUGUAAUGCAAAAGCGCAGCGCGAAGUCUUGUCUUGUCUGUGUCAUGCGGAAUACGCAACAUAAAUAUGAGCAGCCCGAAAAUUUGUCAUGCUUGGCUGCGUAACAUUGCAGUGCUUCUUAUCUUUCACUUUUAUUUAGCAUUACAACUGGCCAGUAGACCCAGACAUGUUUGCAAUGCAUAGGAAGAAGUUUGCAGUGACGACAAGCGAGUCGGUAGCACUGCCCGGCGCCUCUGCGGAGAUGGAAACGCAAGCCAUCAUGUACCUACGGAAGGAAACGCGAAAGCUGCACGGUAAAGAGGCGGCGGAAGCUGGUACAACCCACGCAGUAACAAUCUACGUCGCAACUGCUGUCGGUACCGUCGGUAAGAGGAGAUUUUGCGACACACUGGCCGUCUCGAAGCGCGAUUGGAUCCUGCGUAACCGAAAGUACAUGGGCAAGGACCACAAGUCGCCUAUUCCACACGAGGGAGCCGAGGCCCUGCGACUUGAGUUGGACAAGCUGGACAUCGAGGAGCUCAAGAAAGAAUACGGGCAUGAACUUGGCCGUCACUACGAAAAGCCGAUUACUUUCGUGUUUCAAGGUCUCCAGAUCAGCCUUCGCGGAAACUUCCAGUUAGACGAAACUCUGGCCGCAGCGUAUCAAGGGGAAAACAUUGACAUUUCCAUUUCCGUUUUCGUGGCGACACAAAUCGUUAGUAUCACAGACAGACAUAUAUGUGAUGCAAAUGCACGAGGACUUCGACUUUUGUGUAUAUUUGGAGGAAGGUAAUUUUUCCCCAUGAUCCGCCUAUCCAACCAGUCUGUGCAUGCUGCGGAUCCAAACUAAACCUUGAGGAGGGUCGGCACAAGAUAGUCGAAGCUGAGACAGACUUGGGGAAAGGACACUUCUACUUCUGCACCGGGUCGCUUUGCGCUUCGACGACGGAAGCUUUCAUUAGGAAUUUUGGUAAAUGACAAUUUCAAUUUGCAUGUCAGGCUCAGGUUUUUGCGAGGAAUAAUAGCUGAACCAGAAUCCGUUCCGAGACCACUUUCUAGUGAGCCAGAACGGCAUCUGUGAUGAUUGUUCAUGUUUUUAUGGAAAGUCACGCACUCAUUCAUGCGAUGCUACCAUCAACAAAUAUAAUAAACAGCUGGUCUGCACUUCGCGGGGUACAACAACGGCACCAUCGCACAAGACGCGGCAACAGUUGCAGCGGUUUGCUACGAAGCGGCGGACACCGGCGCGCCUGCGGGUCCGGGUGUCGAGGAGACGCCGGACAAAGUUUUGAGCAUCACGUUUGAACUUCGUGAUGCGCUGCCAGGGCAGGCGGACACGACUUCGAAGGCGGCAGAGGACAUGCUUCUGGACGUUGACGCCACCGGAUCUGCGAAGUCAUUCUCGUCUGGAAGUGCCGCGGGACAUGGGAUGACAACUACAGCUCCGCAAACUGCUUUGCAGGCUCUGCGAGGAACGUGGCAAGAAGUGGUUCACUUUCGCAAAGUGGUGAAAACUUCUGUAGUUAAGGACAAAUCCACGAGACCUGCCGCGGUCGUCUCGAAGAAAAACCAGCCCGAUAAAGCAGCCGAGGUGAAGGGCACGAAAUCUCCGAAGAAGAAUGCCGGAAAACGCAAAGACAAAGAUGGUCUGGACGAGUCCUCGGGAGAUGAGCUGGCUGCGUACCUGUGCUCGCGCAUUCCCAACGAGGAGGUGGAUCCGAACGAACUCCGGCUCUUGCAAUCGUUUAGUGAUAACAUCGCACGGAUAAGGACGACCGAGUCUUGCUUGCACUUGCAGCCCACAUUCUUCGUUUCUGGCCAUGCGGGUUUCCUGGUCGGCGCGUCGCGGCCGCCUUCCGUCAAGGAGGUUCGGGGAUGGGAUGCUGCGGACGCACUUGUCUUUGCUCGUGGAAUGCAGCGUGCCCUGAACUCCCUCCACGCGAGAAAUGUCGUCCAUGGCGCCAUCGGGGUGGACUCUCUGCAUCUGGAUAUUUCACGGCCCCUGAGAAAAGGAGAAGAUCCCCGGCCGGUCCUCACGUGCGCAAGUACCGUGCAGUUGAAGGGCCUCCUGCGGUUGCCGGAGGAGAUUGCGAGCGACGGGGCGGUCGUCGACCUGAAAAAAUCCGACAUCUGGAACCUGGGUAGCUCUUUGUUAGGAGUUUUCCUGAUGCACCAGACGCAUCGCGCAGCGGAAGGGGCGAUCAUUCAUUUCCCGGGGCUCUCUGCCACCGCACCGGGCAUCCCAGUCGCAUAUGCGUUGCCGUACGAGCCGCCCGCCCGGACGUUGCCACUUGUGUUUGCCUCGCGGCCACACGAGUUUAGCUACCAUUCGCCGGCAAUUUGGUGGCAAGCAGAGCUCUUCUUUUUCGACGACGCCAAGGAGUCGGAGUUCUUCCAGGCGGAGAUGCACAAGUAUGCUGCGCAUAUCAAAGACAUGCUGGCAGCGUCGACGUUGCCCGGCGGAAACGAGUGCGAGGAUGUGCUGGAACAGGAUCGGUUUCUGCAGGGAGAGGACAUGGAAGUACAGAAGCUAGCACGGGACAUGCGCGGCUUGCUCGCCGUCAGCCCUUCUGACCGCCGCCUGUGCGUCGACGAGAUCUGAACAAUGGCAACAUCAACUUCCGCAAGGUGCGACACGGUUUGGUUUGAAAGAAAUUUAUUUAUUAAGUUGUUGUUUCACCGAGUACCUUCAUCUCUCGCGUUCUCGUUCAAAAAAUAAAAUUUAUGUAAGAUUGAGAUUGAUGUAGAAGGGAGAGACAAGUAUGGGACCCCUCCACCUACAUCUUUUGCGACGUUUCACACGGCUAUACGAGAAUAUUGCGCAUUUGUUUAUUUUCUUUAUGAUCAUCGAACUACGAGCAAAAUCAAAAAGGAAAGCGAAAAGCGGGGAAUUUUUCGAAUCAAUUUAAAAAGCAAAGUACAAGUAGUGCCUAGAAGUAGAACAGAGGCAAGCACCUGCAAGCAGUUACAGAGCACCUUCGAUUUCGGACGGUGAGUUGCUUGCCAAGUAGAAGAUUUUUGCAGGGAAAAUCUAAAUUUCUUCGACUAUCUCUUACAACUUUGCCGAGAGGGUUACGUCAAGAUUCCUGAACUAACAGCACCAAGCGAGCUCGCGGAGCAGACUCAAUCGACAAAUUUCAACAGUCCUUGACCUUGUCACCUCUCUAUAUCUUAUGGAUUCGUUAUGUACAAUUACCAAUCCCAAUGCCAGGAGCACAUGACAGCUUGCAAGGACUACACGAACACGCCUCACUGUCGAAAUGUAUAGGUAUAGCACAGUGGCUUCGCUGUGGUCAGUGCUGGAAGCGAGUCAUCGCCAAAAAACCAAAAACAGAUGCACCAGAGGACAAUUUUUCUAGAUGAGUUUAAUCGUGGCUGUGGAUUGAUAUGAAUCAAUAUGCUCAUUCCACUGCCAGGGCACGUAAGUGAAAGAAGCUAUGG